AUGGCUGCGACACCUUGGACCUUAGGCCGUUUCUUGGAUGAGUGCGACAAGGCGGAGAAGGAAAAUUCGAGUGAUGAAGUUUUCAUCUCAACUACCACGAUCAAAUUGUUAACAUCGAAAAAGUGCAUCAGCGACAUUCUAAAGGACCAAAAUUGUCCAAAUCAGGAUGCCUUGAACGAACGGAUCUAUGACAGACGACGCCCUGCGAAAAUUAUCUUCCUGAUCUUAGCCCGAGCCGACAUGCUAGACUUGAUUGACGAGUUCUUAUCCGAUGGCUUUUCUGAUUAUCAUCUCCCAAUAGAGGUCCAAUGGAUCAGCCAAGGGUACAAGGUCAAAAGUGCGAGAGACUCGGACUGGACUACCACUCUUUUCGGAAAAAGAUUGCAUUAUAGAGAUGUCGACUAUUUCGCGAAGAAGCAAUGGCCAUUCUUGGCCCCUAUCUUUGAAAGAGAGUUCGAAUAUGCACUGAAGCAAGGUAUCCCUUUGCCAUUGGUCGAGAAAGGCAUUCCUAUUGUCUCUGGGUUUAGCUCCGUUUCCAAGAUCAAGAUGCACCCUGCCCAUGUUCCACGGGAGACAGAACACUCAAUGGCCAUGAAAAAGAUGGAGCUGGAGAGUGAGGAUCAGAUCAAGUACGUCAAGAAAGAGAUGACUAAUGUGACGUCUGUCCGAAUGCUCGAUCACGACCAUCUCAUCAAAGCAGUUCUCGCCUGUACCAGAGGAAAGCAGGCCUUCUUCUUCUUCCCGUGGGCGAAAGGAGGAGACCUGUAUAACUUCUUGAAAAACAAUUCGAAUGAGGACAUGUCUGCUAUUAAAUGGAUGCUUGAUCAAAUGGUCGGGCUCUGCAGUGCUUUGAGUCUGUUGGCGGACAAGGGGUAUCGACACGGCGACCUCAAGCCUGCGAACAUCCUAUUGUUCCCUGAGGAGUCUGGAAGCUACUGUCUGAAGAUAACAGACGUUGGACUCUCGAAGCUUCACAUCCUGGCAACAAGCAGGCGACUGAAUGGGACGACUGCCAAGGCUACCACGAGGCGAUACAGCCCCCCUGAAUUUGACCUCUUGUUCGAGGAUGACGGGGAGCCGGCGGAAGGAUCUGACGACAUAAAGCUAUCGCGGAAGUUCGACAUUUGGUCUCUCGGUUGUGUCUUUAUCGAGUUUCUCAUAUGGGCCAAACUGGGAAGGCAGAAGUACAAGGAGUUCGACCGGUCUAUGAGAAGGGACCGACGAUUCUGGGACUCUGGACGCGAAGACCUUGAUGAUAAUGUUAAGGAAAGAAUACAGAGCCUGGAAGCUGCUAUCAAGGAUACCCCGGGUGACAAGGCAAUCCAGCGAAUACUAGCCAUGGCCUUAAAGCAAAUGCUCCUUACCGACAGCGAUGAUCGUAGCAGUGCGUCGGAUAUUUACAAGGAAUUGGAAAGUAUAAGAGAUAGUUACAGCCUGACUACAGAGCAGGCCACCGAGUCCGACCCCCUUCAGCACAAUCAGGGUCUACUAGACGGAAACGACGGCAUGAGUCGAAACGCUCCUGAGCUAUCUAGUAUCCAAGACAAGGGCUUGAAUACUACGGCCGUUCCUUCGGGUAAUACCGCUGCUAUGGUUAUACAGCAAAGCGCCAAGCUACUCGAUCAAUGGACAGUCAGUACCGACAAUGAGUUUGCAAAGAAAUUCUUGUCCGAGACUAUCACCCCGAACCUAACAGACAGAAGUCGAUUGUGCGACUCUUGUUCAAUGCUUCGCAUCUGGGAGCCCGAUGCUACUAUAUCUGGUAAACUGGGGGAUUUUGAAACUCGUGCUUCGGCAUGUGACUUGUGCAAUCUUCUGUACGUCGUCUUGCAAAGGCUUGGUCUUGAAGAAGAUCAGGAAUCACACUGCAUUCGAAACGGCCCUACAUUCAACUUGAAUGGGCGUGACGGCCCGCCAAUGCUUUCCUUGUUCUCCAAUCCGGCUUAUGAUGAUCAUGAUCUUGGAUCCGUUCAGGUGGGAUAUCCAACUUUAUCCCCUCCCGAAAGUCCUGAACGGUAUCGUCUCUUUCAAGAGUGGCUCCAUGUAUGUGAUAAUGAGCAUGGCCAUGCGCCAAACACAUCCUCGGACGGCGGUGCUGUCCAAAUGCCCAGUCGGCUGAUUUACGUGGGUGAAUCGAAUGAACACUUAGAUGAUAUUGACGAUUCUCGCUCUCUACGUUACCUUGCUCUCAGCCACUGCUGGGGAGGCAGCAUGAGUCUGACUACCUUGACUAGCAACAUCGACCAAUUUCGCACCGAGAUACCGCACAAACAACUGCCUCUUAACUUCCAGGAAGCCAUCAAAGUCACGAGAGCACUCAAUAUCUCAUACCUGUGGAUAGACUCAUUGUGUAUCAUCCAAGAUGAUCCGGAGGACUGGCGACGAGAAGCUGCUCGAAUGGGUCAGGUUUUCAGCAACGCCUAUUGUACAAUCGCGGCGACAUCAGCAGCGGCGUCUCACGAGGGAUUCCUUACUCCUCGAGCCAACUCGACAGCUUUUGCAACGGUCAAAACUCCAAGUCGUGGACUGCUUCACAUUUCGGAGUUCAUGGAGGAUUAUAACAGAGAUAUAGAGUUGGCGCGCCUGAAUACCCGCGGUUGGGUGAUGCAGGAGCGGGCUUUGUCUAGAAGGACACUGCAUUUCACCAAGACUCAAGUUUACUGGGAAUGCGGAAACGGAGUGCAUUGUGAGCGACUCUUCAAACUGUCAAAUCCCCAAUCAGCUCUGUUCGCAGACUCGGAUUUCCCUAGGGCGAUACUCAAGUACUACAAAGGUGGACGAAUUACUCUAUUCCAAAACCUUUACGAGAAGUAUUCCAGACUCAAUUUCAGCUAUAUGUCAGACCGACCAGUGGCCAUCCUGGGUCUUGAGAAACGCCUUUCAUCUGUGCUCCAGUCUCGCGGCGAAUUUGGGGUCUUUGAGCAAUACCUGGCGAGAAGCCUACUAUGGUCCCGACCUGAGAAUGUCUUUCUGAACAGUAUUACGUUCCAAGAUGACCAUCAUGUUCCUUCUUGGUCAUGGAUGGCAUAUGAGGGUCCGAUCACCUAUGCGAAUAUACCUUUUGACAAGGUCGAAUGGAGUACCGACUGCUUGCUACGAUCUGGCUCAGAAACUGGUACAAGCACCAAGAGGACUAUGUUGAAAGCAUUUGCUAGAGAUCUGAAAUUGGAAAAGCUGGAUAUGCACGAUAGAGUCAAACUUGAUGAAGAGUCUGAGUUCGAACUAUCGAACUUGCGGGGGGUUGUCCUUGGUAAAGACAAGAAACGAGAAUCGCGGGUCCAAGUAUACUAUGUUCUUCUUGUUGCUUUAUGCGAAGACGAACCAGAAUGGGCGAAGGUGCGAGAACUUGUUUCGGGGCAGCCUUCGUUCGAGGAUAGCGAGAAGUUUUUGUGGGCUGACGUCCUUUGCAUUGAUGUGGAUAGUAUCAUAUCUCCAUUCUAUUCCAAGUUCAUGCUUGAAAGUAUGGUCAAACCUUUUAAACCCCGUUUAAGAGUGAGGGGGCCAAUGACGGCCACUUCAUAUGUUACAUCACCAGAAAACCGCAACGCAUCUCAGAGCCAACAGCCCAACUCAACAACGGUCUCUCAUUAUGAGCCUACAGGCAUCCCCAAUUGGGGAGAAGCGCCAUCUCGUUCCGAAAUCGACUUGAAGCCCCGGACAGGACAAGAGUCUAUCCACAUUUCAAUAUUAUCUCAGAGAGAAAGCACAUCAACAUUUCGGAGUAUCUCUGAUAUGGGUCAUCAGAAAUGGCUUGAAUCUUUAGGCUCUUAUAGAGUUUCUGCGAGUUUGUUUGGAGAUGUUCAGGAUUCGGAGGCACUAAUGGUUCACGUCGACAUUUCCUCUGUCUGGGAAGCCCUAAUGAAUGCCUGCAAGAAGCCCGCCAUAGAUCGUACUGGUAAGCAGGAGUUCAUACCCCUGGGACAGCUCCUUCGGAUUCUGAGCCCUACGAACGUUAACAAGAUACUAAAUCAAAGUUUCACGGAUGAAUCUUUGAUAAGCCUUGUCAACCAGGUAUAUGGAGCUAAUGGCGAACCACGAAGGCUGAAGAUCAUGGCUACAUUGAUAUUGGUGGAUGGACUUAACUUUCUACUAGACUUUGUCCAUGCAAGGGUGGAAGAUAGUCAGCUUCCAGUUACUGUUCAGCGAAAGGGGCAGCAGCCUAUUUUAUACGAUCGUGAAAAGAAUGAAAUAGGACCUUCAAGGUAUUGGACUUGGUCUUAUCCCCAAGCGGAAUACUUUACCAUGAAGCAGAUGCAAUUAUGCAGCCUCUUCUGCACUAUCGAUGAAGAGGGACAGUUUAUGGAUCAUUUUCGCCUCCCUGCAGAUUUCGUCCUACCAUUCGUGGAUUCCGAGCCCCCUGAAAUUCGGUCCGGAGGAUAUGGUAAAGUCACAAAGGCCUUCAUCGAGCCGUCACAUUUAUGGUAUCGGGGUAAGUACCCGAAACCAAAAUGUUUCGCUAUUAAGGCCGUUCAGCACAGUUCACUGGACCAUCCUAGUGAAGCAGACUCUCUUGCAAGACGGUUGGUCAUCAAGAAGCUCGCAGACAGAGAGCACCUCCAUCAGCUUCUUUUCUCCUUUCGACGGGCCGACUAUUACUACCUCGUUUUCGAAUGGGCUGAUGGCGAUCUGACGGAUCUAUGGAAAACGAUGCCAAGCUUAUACCGCCCUGACAAAUACGAUGACGUGUGUUGGUUCUUCCGACAAUGCGCUGGUAUUGUGCGGAGCUUGGGUAGCCUUCACGAGCAGCGCUCAUCUUAUACCGCCAGCACUAUGGAGGAAAUAGUUCAUGUUGCGCUGGCAGGAAAGUACGGGCGCCACAGCGACAUCAAGCCGCAAAACCUGCUUUGGUUUAGUGAUUAUCAAGGGGAUAAGAAAGAUCAUCUAGUCAUUGCCGAUCUUGGUCUCACCCAGUUCAACACGACACAGUCCAAGUCCCAUGCCUCAUGGGCUGGCAUCAAGGGUUAUACGCAAACUUACAAAGCGCCUGAGAGUGAAGUAAGCCGUGAGGUUGGAGCAAGAUACGACAUUUGGUCCCUUGGUUGUGUGUUUCUGGAGCACGCGUCUGUGUUUCUCAUGAGGGAUCACAGCUGUGUCAAGGCCUUCUCCGAUAGCAGGUUAGAGGAGGAUCGUUGGCGGAACAAAAACGGAAAUUAUCAUAGCGAUACUUUCUAUAAUGUUAUCACGGGUGAGGAUGAUACAGACGCCGACACACCAUUUAGAAGCAAUGUCAUUCGGGGGGAGGUCAAAGUGGAAGUUAUGACAACGAUUCAAGAUCUAAAAGACCAUGAAUUGUGUGCUCCUUCCAUGUGUGACUUCUUAGAUCUGAUCAGCGAAGGGAUGUUAGUACCGAAUCAGUCUGUUCGAUAUACUGCAGGCAUGGUCCUGAGAGCUCUUAAAGAUAUCCAGCUCCGUUGCGGAAAAGACCGCAGUUACGCUUGCUCAUCAAGGCACAUGCCAUUGAAGGAUCAGUUGGAGUCAAUGACCGAUAGUCACAUUCCUUCAAGCCAGUCUCAGAUCUUGGCAGGUAUCUCAGGAGGACAAGAGGGAAUCAGGACCAACUUUGACUUAUCUCACGUGGAGGCAAACCUUGGUGCGGGGGCUGCCGACCCGGAAGCGAUGGAGAUGCUUAAUGAGCUGAGUCACAUGGGCAACAACAUCACUAUAUCUCCAGGUAAUCUACAACUAAAGAUACCGCAGAUUCAGUUUGAUGGGACUGUAGCAGGGCCUUUGCAAAAACUCAGCCCUAUCAGCGAUUUAAUCCAUGGCUUCAAGUCCCUCUCUAUUAGAGAAAAGACUUAG